AUGGCAGAAAAAAGCAGCAAGGCUACGAGAUCGAUUGUAUCAACAUCAUGUGUCUCGUCAGUUCUAAUGGGAUUGUAUGUUGUAAUGGCAUGUUUCAAUUUGUACGCUUUGAUGUACCCUCUUAGCCGAAUUGAUCUUACAACAACGCCCCCCGAAGGAUUCGUAAAUCCAUUGUGGUCAAAGGAGGAGGAGAUCCAGAUGAAGAUUUAUCUGUCUACGAAGAAAAGCUUUGAUAAAAGCUUCCUGAUAAAUGAGUUUGGUGAGGAUGAAAAUACGGGUGUUCGUACCACCGAUGUUCAUACGACGAUGUUGUGGUCCGACUACAUGAGGUCUGCUUCGAUGUCAAAAUCGUUCCUUCUGACCACGUUGGAUUGUAGCGAUAAUACUACAUGCGGGUCUGAUGACGAUCCUUCGAUGCGACAGGCUAUUUCUUGGUUAGACGAGUCUGAUAAGCAGAUGCUUGAAGACAAAGGAGUCAUCUCCACACUGUCAGGUGCUGGACAGGGUAUCGAAUCCACUAGUCUCUUGCUGUCGCUCUACGAAGCAAUUGCCACACAAAUGCGGAUAACUCCAAAGGUAUCCUCCUCGGUUGAUGAUCGAAAUACAGCUGAAAAUGGAGGGAAAAAAGGACUACUCGAACGUUCCGUAAUACAUUUGCCACAAAAUUCAGCCGUGUGGAUGGCGCUUGUUGGAAACUCGACUGUUUAUGUUCAUGUCGUUGUUGCAAGACAGCAAUACAAUUUGAUUGAGGCUAAUACUCUGAACGAAGCAGUGUCAGCAAUUGGAAGAGCAUCCAACUCGCACUCCUUGUUGCUCGGAAAAGUCGGCCUGGUCAAGCACGAUGAACCCAAUCACAUUACAAAACCAAAGCGUAUUCUGCUCGAUGAUCUCGUUUAUUGCGUCCGGAAGUAUAUUCUUCAGGACAAAUCACAGAAAUAUCCACCAUGGGAUAUGGAGCAUGCACAGCCAGAGUACUAUGAGACGUACAGCACAGCUCAGCGUAUGAAGGCCAAGCAUCAGGGAUACCCAUUCUUCAAGCCGGAAGUGGCCAUCAAGUACCUUAUUGAUGAAGACUCGUAUCCUAUGAAUCUUGCACAUGUGUCUGGUAUGGAAUUGGUCCGUGUUGGCAAAAGUCAGAUGCACCCGUCAACGGUUGCACAUAUCCCGGCGUUGCAUGUCGAUGAAAUUGGCUUGACAUCAGAAAAAUAUAUCCCACUGAACCAAACAAUUUCAAGUUUACCUCUUCGAGUUUCGUUUGACAGAAGUGACAUGGAGGAAGAUGACUACAUCCACCGAUCUACUGCGACGGCUGGAGGAAUUAGUCCUGCUCGUUGGCGUCUUUUGUCGCACCUGUCACAGGCUAUCGAGUCUCAGAAGGAAUUCGGGUUUGAUCAAUCUGAUAUCGACGACUUGCGGCGUUUAAUUGCGGAUACGAAUGUGACCUUACUGGGAAUAACAGUUCUUGCAAGCGCACUGCACCUGUUAUUUGAGUUCUUGACCUUCAAGAAUGAGGUAUCAUUCUGGCGGAAUAACAAGGAUCUCACUGGACUAAGCGUCAGAUCGUUAUUUCUCGAUAUGGUUGGGCAGUUUGUUAUCUUGCUUUUCCUGAUCGAAAAAGAGUCAUCUCUACUCAUGACCAUACCGAGUGCGUGUGGUGUUUUGAUUGCAAUGUGGAAGUGCAAGCGCGCUUCUGGCUUGUCUUUGUUAAAGGCAGACUUGUCCAAAGCUGCAUCAAAAUGGAACCAAAUCCCUCGGUUGUUUGGGUUGGAGGUGCGGGCAACGCGUUUGGAAAAUAUGAGGAACGGAACCGAGAACAGCAAACGGACGUCAAAGGAUGAUUUACACGCACUGACGAUGGAAUGUGAUCGAAUCGCGACGUCAACUCUCUCUAAAUUUCUGGUACCAUUGGUAGUAGGCUACGCGCUGUAUUCCUUUGUUAGCGAAGAACAUUCCGGUUGGUAUUCAUGGUUCAUCACAACGGCAUCCUCUGCAGUUUAUGCGUUGGGUUUUGCAUUGAUGUGUCCACAACUCUUUUUGAAUUACAAGCUGAAAUCUGUGGCCCAUUUACCGUGGACCGUGUUGUGCUACAAGAGCGUCAACACCUUUAUUGACGAUCUCUUCUCAUUUAUCAUCCGAAUGCCAACGAUGGCUCGAAUUUCUUGCUUCCGAGACGACAUUGUGUUCUUUAUCUACCUUUACCAGAGAUGGUUGUACCCAGUGGAUGAUUCACGACCAGCGGAAGGAGGUGAUGGUCCCAAUACUGAUACGGUUACAGAAUCGAAGAAAGAUCGAUAG